ACUGGAUAACGUCUCCUUCAGCCCGCAGCACAGACUCAUUUCUCUACACACCAGCUCUGAGUGGAUGCUCAGGAGGGGUGUUUGAGAUAUUAGCACGCUGUGGGGGGGUAAGGCUCAGGGACAUCAUCCAUCCACACACAAAGUCAGGAGGAAUAUGGGCAAAUCCGAAAGUCAAAUGGAUAUCAUGGAGAAAUCAAGUAAACCUGGAAAGCGUCGUUGGACUGUUGCAGAGAUCAGUCUGUCCGUGCUUCUGCUGUUGGUCAGCUGUGCCUUGGCCGGGCUGGUAGUCCUCUACACAUCAGUUGUGAAAGAACAAUCGAACAGGCCAAGUGUGUCAAGGAGCUCAACACGACAGGGCCAGCUGUUUCGCUCCAACCUCAACAAUGUGUGCACAACUGAGGACUGUGUUACAGCAGCUGCUCGGCUCUUACAGAACAUGGAUAAGUCUGUGAAGCCCUGCGAUAAUUUCUACCAGUAUGCCUGCGGGGGUUGGCUGGAGCGCCAUGUCAUCCCGGAGACCAGCUCCCGUCACAGCGUCUUUGACAUUCUGAGGGACAAGCUGGAGAUUGUCCUCAAAGGUGUUCUGGAGAUGGAGAACGAACAGGACAGGGAUGCCAUCAGAAAGGCCAAAAUCCUUUACAACUCCUGCAUGAAUGAGAGCCUCAUAGAGCAGCGUGACUCCCUGCCCCUCCUGACGCUCAUUGAGAGUAUCGGAGACUGGCCUGUGGCAUCAGACGACUGGAACACCACAACAGAGGAGGUGUGGAGCCUCGAGGACACGCUGGCGAAGCUCACCGCUCGUUUCCACAAGAAAGUUUUGCUGGACUUGUACGUUUGGACGGAUGACCGGGACUCUCAGCGUCAUAUCAUUUAUAUUGACCAGCCAGGACUUGGAAUGCCAUCAAGAGACUAUUACUUCAAUGAUGGAAACUACAAAAAGGUUCGAGAGGCCUACCUGCACUUCAUGUUUUCUAUCGCAAAGAUAACCCGAGAGGACAGGAACUUGACCCAGGAUGACGAGCGUGUCUGGGAGGAAAUGAUGCAAGUGCUGGAGCUGGAGACAGACAUCGCGAAUGCCACAUCACCAGCAGAGGAGCGCCAAGAUGUCACAGUUCUCUACAACAAGAUGACAUUGGGUGAACUACAGAGCACGUUCAGCUUCAAUGGUUUUAACUGGACACGAUUUAUUCAAGGUGUGCUGUCGAGUGUGUCCGUUGAGGUCCAGCUGGAAGAGGAGGUGGUGGUGUACAGCUCCCCCUACCUGGAGAAGAUGAAUGACGUUCUCUCCAGACACAGCACCAGAACUACACAGAACUACCUCACCUGGCAGCUCAUCAUUGACAGAGUUAAUAGCUUGAGCCGCCGCUUCAAAGAUGCCAGAGCCCGAUACAGGAAGACUCUCUAUGGGACGACAGUGGAGGAUGCUUGGUGGCGGGAAUGCGUGCGUUACGUCCAGAGCAGCAUGGAGAACGCAGUUGGCGCUCUGUACGUGCGUGAGACCUUCGCUGGAGAAAGUAAACGAAUGGUCAGUGACCUCAUCGGUAAGAUCCAGAAAGCCUAUGUGGAAACUCUCGAGGAGUUAAGCUGGAUGGACGCUCCCUCAAAAGAGAAAGCAAGAGAGAAGGCCAUGGCAAUCAAGGAGCACAUUGGUUAUCCAGAUCACAUUCUACAGCAAAGCAACCUGAAACUUGACCAGGAGUACGCUCAUCUGAACUUCAGUGAAGAACACUACUUUGAGAACAUCCUGGAGAACCUGAAGUCUGAGGCGCACAAGAGUCUGAAGAAGCUCAGAGAGCCGGUGGAUCCUGACUUAUGGAUCAUUGGUGCUGCUGUGGUGAACGCAUUCUACUCACCCAACAGAAACCAGAUAGUGUUUCCUGCUGGGAUCCUGCAGCCGCCGUUCUUCAGUAAACAUCAGCACCAGGCCCUGAACUUUGGUGGAAUAGGAAUGGUUAUCGGACAUGAGAUCACACAUGGAUUCGAUGACAAUGGUCGUAAUUUUGACAAGGAUGGAAAUAUGCUGAACUGGUGGAGUAAUUACUCUGCCGAGCAUUUUAAAGAGCAGUCACAGUGCAUGGUGCAACAGUACGGCAACUUCAACUGGAAGCUAGCAGGUGGACAGAACGUGAGUGGAAUCAGCACUUUGGGGGAGAACAUUGCAGACAACGGAGGAGUUCGUCAAGCAUUUAAGGCUUAUCUGAAGUGGGUGGAGAUGGAGGGCGAGGAGCCACGUCUACCUGGGCUCGACAUGGAUCACAAGCAACUUUUCUUUCUUAACUUUGCACAAGUGUGGUGUGGUGCUUAUCGACCUGAGUAUGCCAGCCAGUCCAUCAAGACCGACUCACACAGUCCCUUAGAAUACAGGGUGCUUGGAUCUCUCCAGAAUUUCGAAGCGUUCUCAGAAGCUUUCCAGUGCAAGAAGGGCAGUCAAAUGAACCCUGAGCUGAAAUGUCGUGUUUGGUAGAAGGUUAUAUUCAUGAAAUAAUUAUAUCCUGAUAUGGGCCACUCAAAACAAAAGAAUAAGUUUUACUUUGUAAACCCACAGAGAUCAUUCCGCUGAAGACUUAUUCCAGUUUAUUUUCAUGCAGACUGACAAGCUCUCAAGUUUCAAAACUUGAAAUAUGUCGUGUACUAUAUAAAAAAAGAAACUUGCUUGAGUAUGUUCUCAAGUUUGAAA